CCGGUGUGAGUGGUAAACAAACACACUCUUGUCGCGUUAAACAUCAUUACGUCGGUUCGGCAAAGCGUGCGGGUUGAAUUUGAGCUUCCGGUCGGGCAGCGCUCAUACUAACCAGCAGCUUCACUUUUCCCGUCGCCAUGGCCGCCUCCCCGCGCAAACGCUCCCUAUCGCCGCGCAAGCGUCUGCCGCCCACACCAUUCAACCAGACAUGGCACGAGGCCGACGCCGCACACCUCGACCCCAGCGCCCUGCCGGUCGCCCGCAUACCCCGCGGCUGGGAGCGCAAGCGCGAAGUGAAGCAGGGCAGCGAAGGAAAGGCGAAGAGCAUCUGGCGGCGCAUCGACCUGCGGUCCAGCAUUGCCGGCGCGCAGCAGGAUGAGACGGAAGAGGAGGAGCGCGAUGCGCUUUCACGUGCUGUGAAGCGGCGACAGAAGAUGAGCCCCAAGGCCAUGGAGAAGAUGCAGGGCAAUAAACGCGCCUUCCAGGGCACGCGCUGGGAAACGAGAAAGAACGUCCUGCCCCGCAAGAGAUCUUUGCGUAACAGUGACACUAUCAACCAGGACCAGAGCGACAGCGACGACACGCAAGACGCAACAGACGCAGACAUGAGCCACGACAGCUUAGCAGAGGCGUCGCAUGUACAGGCGAACCCGGCAUCGUUCACCUUCGCUGGAGCCUCAGACUACGAGGGCCAAGGAGAGCAGGAAGACGAACAGAACGUGGGCGACACUGCUCCAGAAGACUCGACAUUCGCACUUAUUUUUAGAUCACCUGUGAAAAGCACUUCCAGGCCAAUGAUUACGUCGCCAGCCAAGGUCGACUACCCCGCAUUACCGAACAGCGAAGAGCAGAAGGCACAGUUGGAAGAACCGUCUGAACUUCCUGUCGGCGAGGACGUCACAGUCACGGGGUCGACUACCGAAAGCAUCGCCGCUGAAGUAGACAUGGCCAGCGGCUCGAACACCUCGGACGCUGCAGAGACAUACAGUGCAAUUCCAGAAGCAGUCGAGUCCUGGAACGCCGAACAAGCUGAAACGCAGCCCGAAGAUGAAGAGGAGGUUGCAUAUCCGGCGUUACCUAUGGAGACCACUCUAGACAACCAGGCUGCCGACCCACAAAACGAGGACUUUGUGAAAAGUGAAGGCGAAGAUGACGAUACCGAGAUGUCUGAAGUACAUUUGGCUACUUUUGUACCCUCUCUCGCGCUUGAGAACAACCAGGCUGGGACUGCCAGGGACGACGAUGAGAUUACCGAGGCCUCGUUGCAGCUGAACAUACAGGAAGAAUACGAGCGGGAAGGCGAGCUUGCAUCCCAGCCCCCCACACCAAAGCCUGUUGCGACCGCCAGCGGGGACAUCGCAGACGGUCUUACACUUGCACUCACGCCAGCGAAAGCAUCGACCAGAGGGCACACGCCGAAGAAGUUGCAUUCGCCCCCACCACCGUUGCGUAUCGAAUCGGGUCCUGACGAUGCAACAAUGACACUCGCGAUCGACGAUGAUACCGCCAUCCUCAAGAGUUUCCUCAGUCGCGCAGCUGCUAGCAAGGCAGAGAGAUCCGCAUUCAUCACUCGUCGAUCGUCUCUUGAGAACCGACGCGAUUCAGACAUUGUCCGCCACGCUCUAGCGUCACCACGCAGAGCACUAGAAGAGAAAGACCCCAACUCUCCAACCAAGGCCGACGCCGAAGCCACCCUCGAUCUGUUGGAAACCCCGGUGCCAAUAUCUGCUAUCGAGGAGUCAGCUCCUCCCGUUGCAGAACAGCCUGAAGAAGAGGAUGAUACAGAGGUUAAAUCUGGGCGGGUCUCAAGACGCUCUUCCCGGGCAAAGAAGUCUCGUCUUCCGGCUCCAGCUUCAGUUGCACUGCCCCAAACCAACAAGAUUGCCAUUCGUCGUGCGGAUGGCAGCGACCCAGUCGUCCUUAAGAAGACGGAUGCCCAAGAGCUAGCCCUCAUUACCAGGAACAACACGCGGAAGAACAAGCAAGGGGCUUUCAUGGUCAGUCUACGCUUGCUUAAAAUACAGGCUGAGGCGAUCCUGUCUCCGUCGACCGAUGUCGAUGCAGAUGUUGAGAAGCCUUCAGCACCAGGGAGGAGGGGUAUCAGAUGGGACGAGACGCUGGCGUACUACCAAGAGCAUGGUGACACCAUCGCUGCGCAACAAGCAGAAGCAGAAAGUCUGGCCACUCCAGAUGAACUGAGCUUGCCGGUCGCAACAACGAAGAAACCCAAAGCAAAGACAAGCACAGACAAAACCUCGACCCCGAAGGUUCGCCGUGUACGCGGUCUGGGCACAGUCAACGGUACACCAGGAAAGGGGCUAUUGGCUACUGGGUCUCUGCUGCCAGAUGACAUUCAGGAAGAGAAGGUUGCUGUUGCUCAGCCAGCGCCCACACCCACCGCCAAAGGGAUCCCCAAGCCAAAAGCGACCAAGAGGCUGCCCGUUCCUUCCACUCCUGUAGAGGCGAAGCCCGCGGCUCCCGAAGUUAAGCCUGUUGCCGUUGAACCAGUCAAGGAACGCAAGAGCCGCAUUGCUGCACCGAAAAGUGUGAGGCUACCCAAGCCCCUUGCAACCACUGCGCCCGUUGUAGUAGCAGAAAAGGAGAACAAUAGGAGUGCGCUCAAUGGCGCGACGCCAAGGAAGGGUAUACCAGCUCCUCGCAUCAUGGCACCCAAGGCGGCUGCGACCCCGGCGUCGAGUCUGAGUGGUGAGAGCGGGUUGCCUAGGCGGAGAGGGAGGAAGGCGUAGGAUGGACACGCAUACAUAAGAGUGCGGAGUGUCGUGUGAUGAGUGAUGACUUACUUGUUUGCCGGGUUUUGGGCGUUAUAUACCUUGUUUGCAUUUGCAUAUAGCGGAUAGAGGCGUGGAGCUGCUUUGUGCUGAUUGGUGUGGAAAGAGCAUUGGAGGCGUCUAUU